GAUUUAACUAGAAAAACAUAAAAACAGUAAGCUGGAGUUUUAAUGUACUCUGCUUGUUGGUGUAUAUGUUGUAAAGCUGUGUAUAAAUAUAUUUUUGAAUCUCUUUGCAGUUAUUUGGCAAAAAAGCUAAAACAUGGGAGUGAGGAUGUGGUAAAGUUCUUUUAGGUAGAAUAUGUAGAAGAAUUUGGCUAAUUCAUUUAUAGUCGUCUUUUUCUGUUAUAGGGAAAUUGGCACCUACUGUUGAAUAACAGGUAGUUUUAAGUGGCUUUGACAAUAAACUUGUGCACUGUAUUUUGUAGUUAAGCUUUAUAUAACGUGUUAGUGUUAUUUAACUUACUUUGGUGUAUAGAGGGGUGGUACGCAGAGGAAAAUUUAUGUACUGUUUUCAGAAUUUUUUAUUAUGAAUAAAAACUUUAAAUUUAUAUAUGAAAUAUUACUGAAACCCACAAACAACAUUGAUUCAUCAAAGAAAACAAGUUUCCCAAGAGGUGUUUGUUUACUUAUUUCUAUUAUUGGAAUAAAUUACCCUUUAGGGAAUUGUGUUGUUAAUCCUUGCUCAGUGUAUUUGCCAGCUGCUAAAUCUAUGUGAUACUAUUGUACUGAGCAAGAAUUAUUUCUCCCCAUCUCUACAAUGCUUAAUGUAACUGCUGAUGAAUUUGUAGUCGUGAUAUACAGUCUACAACAAAGAAGUCUUUCAUAUGUCACAAUUUCUUAAAAACCCACUUAUAACCAGUUUAGUUGGUAUUGUAAUAAUUUAUUCACACUUCAGGACCAAAAGGUAGAACUGAUUUAUGUCUGUAGAAUAAGUUAAAUCAUUUGUACUUAUCUAAAGCUAUUGUCUGUCAUUACUGCCUUCCUUAGAAAAGUAUGUGUUGUGUUGUUUUUUGGUAGAGACGAGGUCUUGCUGUGUUGCCCAGGCUGCUCUCCAACUCCAGGGCUCAAGCGAUCCUCCUGCCUCGACUUUUCAAAGUGCUGGGAUUACAGGCAUGAGCCAGCAUGCCCAGCCAGAAAGGGAUCAUGAAUCAGACAGAUAAAAAUCAACAAGAAAUCCCAUCAUACCUUAAUGAUGAACCACCAGAAGGUUCAGUGAAAGAUCACCCACAGCAGCAGCCAGGCAUGUUGUCCCGUGUGACUGGGGGUAUCUUCAGUGUUACAAAGGGAGCUGUUGGUGCCACCAUUGGUGGUGUGGCUUGGAUUGGUGGAAAGAGUCUGGAAGUGACCAAAACAGCUGUUACAACUGUGCCUUCCAUGGGAAUAGGGCUGGUGAAAGGGGGUGUAUCUGCUGUGGCUGGAGGUGUUACAGCUGUUGGGUCUGCUGUUGUAAACAAAGUGCCCUUAACAGGAAAGAAGAAAGACAAAUCUGACUAAAAUAUACACUUGUGCUCCACAGCACUAUAAUGCCAGUGGCAUUGAAUUACUAAAUUAUGGACUACAACCAAGUCAACCGUUUUGGACGUUUAUCUUCUAAACUGCUGUGUUGAAAGUAUUGAUGACUGGCUUUCAUCUAAAAAGAAGAGACCAAUACGAGCACAGUAUAUGAAGGUUUCUCAUACUUAAGUUCCAGCUUUUUAUCUGGUAAAAUGUUACACUUACUCGGUUGUAACUGAAGAUAUGGUAUGUUUGAAUAUUUACUAUAAGUCUUUCAGUUUGACUAAAAAUGUGAAAGUUGAAUUUAGUAGAUGAUCUGCGCAGUUCCAUAUGUAUAAUGUGCCAGGUAACUCACCUGCCCCUUAAGAAGGGAACCUUGAAUUACAUAAGCCGUACCUUUGAUGUGCCUAAUAGUUUCAGAUGUCUUAGUUUUUCAUAACCAUAGUUGAUUAGGCCAAGAGGCAUUCAUUUCUUAUUUAAGCUGGCAAAAUUAGCAGGAAUUAGGGAAGUUUAAAAAGAAAAGAUAAAUGGUUUUAUGAUAAUGUUAACCAUCUUUUGUUAGUAAAUAUGCAUUCUAUUAUUUUAAUCAUUGAUGCCUUACAAAAGAAAACAUCUUUUCUAAUACCCUGCAUAUGUGCUGUUCUUAGAAUCAUCUAUGGAUUCUUUUAAAGGUUGUUUGUGAAAUUAGUUUUCCCUCUUUAGAAUCUCAGGAGUAGUGGGGUAAAGACAUUUCCUGCUGUCAGUGGAUAAGACAGUGCUUGUUAACUGUUUUGGCAGUAGUUAAAAUCAAAUCGUACGCUUCUCAGCCUGGGUUCAUGCGUCAUCAUUAAUACACCUCACAGUGCCUAAGGAACAUUUACUUACUGGUCAGAAGGUAUUUUGGAAGAGUUUCAUAUUAAGGAGGAACAAAUAAUAAUUUUAAGUUCUUAAAAAUUACCUAAAACACCCCAAAUAUAAAAAGAAGCCUUCACACCUAUUCUGUCUUUAGGAUGUCUUAAAUUAUUAGCAGUACUCCUUUUUUAAAAACACUGUAAAAGUAACCACAAAUGUGUGAGGACUUACUAUUUUAAAUGGAAUGGAAUGAGCUCCAUAGAUUAGUUUUGAAUAUAAAAUAUAUAAACGUGCUUCAGUGGUUUAUAUAGGCUUUAAAUCUUACAGUCCUUUAAAGCAGCUGUAGAGUUUGUAUCAUUUUUCAAGCCAAUUUCAGUCAGGGAUUUGAAGUGUUUGGUUAUGGAUGAUAAAUGUGUCAUAUCAUAUUAAUAUGUCUCAUGUCUCAUUCCUUCUCAGUAUGAUUUAGCUGGAAUUCAUUUUCUUUUUGUUUCAUGUUUAAUUUCAUAAAACAUUUAACAAUUGGCAUAUAUACUUGGCAUUCCUGUCCACCAAGGAUUAUAAUCCAAGCCUGGGAAAAUCUUAAAUUUCUUUUUACUUAAAUCUGGAAAUUUGUCUCCAUUCUGCAAACUUUUUUUUUUUUUAUAGUGGAGGGGAGGAAAGGGGGGUGAUACCUUGCAGUAAGUAAGUCAAAAUAGCAUGCCUGAAAAUUUGAAACAGACCAUUCUAACACCCAAGGCUUGUUUAUAAAAUACUUAAGAGAAUUACAUUAAUGUGGAAUCAACAAAUGCAGAAGAAUAUAACAUAACUUUUAAAAGCUUUCAUAAAUACCAGCAGCAAUUGUAAGCAAAUCUACAAAGGUUCUUGAACCUUUCUGUUACAUACAAAACUGAAAAGUCAUUAAGGAGUUCAACUAAUCAGGAAUUAAAUGGUCAUUUAUUUCAUGCAGUAUGAUUUAAGGUAUUUCUUGGGAUUCUGGUCAAAUGUCAUAAUCAGCAAACGGGAUUAAAAAAAAACUCCAAAAUCAGUAGGUGAACACUAAAUAAUUAUCUAAAUAAUGGUAUUAGAGAACUUGUUUCCUGCUAUUUGGAAGAGAUUAUUGCUUCAUUGCUAGUUUGUAUUUCUGACUUCUACAGUUACAGACUCCACUGUGCUUUGUGUCUGAAUUUCUCAGUAUAGACAUUUUGUUUACUGUAUGCUUGCAUAUUUAUUUUCAACUUUGCCUGUCUUUAAAAUUUCUUGAGGAAAAAUGGUUGUAAUUAAUUUCUGCUACAGAAAAGCCACCUGGUACGUUUUGUCUCAUCAGGAUUGUUUUAAAUUCUAAACUAUAACUUUGUUCAGAGGGGCUUUUGCAAUGAUAGCAGAAAACUGUACAAAUGUACAGUUGGUUAUAGAGGUUCUUGUUGAAAUGAACUUACCAUCUGAUGAUAUGUAUGUACAGCUGUAUACUUGAGUCUUUUUUAGUUUACUUAGAAAGACUGGCAAUUUGACCUGUUAACAGGACUAGUUCAAGUCAAGAAACUAAGGUUGUUGUAUACACCUGGAGGCAUCUGUUAUUCAGCUUAUCCUUUGAGUGGGUAUUUGGCACCAUGAAGAUAAACUUAUGUGACCCACUUGAAUGGCUGAUCUAAUAAGGUUGACAUUAUGCAUUCUGUACUUAGUGAAAUGUCAGAUGAAAAUAACUGAUGAAUAAUUUUUUUUGUAUUAAAGGGAUGGGAAAAGAACACAUGAAUUUGUUAAUAAAGCACUAUGAUCUGCAAACGAUGGAAUGUUUCAUAAAGAUCUAAAGAAAUAAAGGAAACUUUAAAACAG